UGUGUGAAUUGGGUUUAGGGUUUUAGAUUAUUUCCACAAUCCUCUGAAGCUAUUUGCCAUAACCGUCGGUUCUCUCUCUUUUCCGAUUAGACUGUUUUCCUUCUGCAAAACCCAAAUUCUCAUUUUGAUGCCGUUUUCUGCAACUCUAUUACGCUCACAUUUGAGAUUGGCUCGGAGAGCAGCAGCAGCGUCUUCGCGUUACUACACCAUCUCUGCUCUUAACCCAAAUCUCUCAGACUCUGAACAACAGGUGAAUAAUCACCUUAAAGUCGGUAACUUUGAUUCGAAUUUCUCCAAUUCCAAUGAGUUUGGCGUUCUUCGUGUCCUGGAUAGUGUCAGGGAUGACCCAAAUCUCGCCUUCUCGUUUUUAGGACAGCUUAAACAAAAUGGGGUAUCUCUUAAUGUUAAUGCAUACGCAACUGUUGUCAAGAUUCUCUCUGGUUGGGGUUUGGACAGGAAGUUAGAUUCGGUGUUAGUUGAACUAAUCGGGAACGAGGAGCGUAGUUUCUGUGUAAUGGAUUUGAUAGAAGCCAUUGGAGAGGAUGCUGCUGAGGAUAAACGGUACUUGCUCUUGGUUCGAGUCUCUAGUGCCUUGGUAAAAGCUUAUGUUAGUCUUGGGAUGUUUGACGAAGCUAUCGAUGUUUUGUUCCAGAGUUAUCGUCUUGGUUGUGUCCCGGGAAUUAAGUCCUGCAAUUUCUUGAUGAAUCGUUUGAUUGAGUUUGGCAAAAACGAUAUGGUACUGGCGCUUUUUCGGCAACUUAUGCAGAUUGGUUUGUGUGCAAAUGACUACACUUAUGCAAUUGUGGUUAAGGCAUUGUGUAGAGAAGGCGAUUUAGAUGGAGCAGCUAAGUUGCUUGGGGAAACUACGAGCGUGUUUGCUUAUACGACUUUCAUCGAAGGGCUUUGUGUAAAUGGGAAGACAGAAGCGGGUGUUGCUCUGAUCAGUGAUCUGAUAGAUGCGAAAGCUCUGGCUGGUGAUGAACUUGGAUUUGCAUAUAACAUGGUGGUCCGUGGUUUCUGUAAUGAGAUGAAAACAGAAGCCGCCGAAGAAGUUAUUUUUAGAAUGGAGGAAACUGGGAUCGGUCCUGAUGUUAAUGCCUGCUUAGCAAUAAUUGAUCGACACUGCAAGAACAUGGAUUUACCUAAAGCUUUGGGGUUUGUAGAUGCUAUGUUGGAAAAAGGACUCAAAAUCAAUUGUGUGAUUGUAAGUUCAAUCCUUCAGUGCUAUUGUAAGAUGGGCAAGUGUUUCGAAGCAUUACAACAGUUCAAAGAAUAUAAAGACAUGAAGAUCAAUACGAAUGAAUUGUUGUUGGGAGCUUUACAGAAGUUCAAAGAAUUCAAAGACAUGAAUAUUUUCCUUGACAAGGUUUGUUACAAUGUUGCAUUUGAAGCUCUGAGCAAGCUUGACAGAGUGGAAGAAGCUGUUGAGUUGCUCCAAGAAAUGAUGAAUAAAGGAAUGGUUCCUGAUGUGAUCAACUACACAACUCUGAUAGAUGGCUACUGCCUUCACGGUAAAUUUGUUGAUGCCCUUGAUUUGAUUGACAAAAUGAGAGCAAAUGGUACCGCUCCAGAUGUAAUUACAUACAACGUGCUUGCCGGUGGACUCGCCAGGAAUGGUCAUGCUAAAGAGGCAUUUGAAAUUUAUAAAUGUAUGAAAGAUGAGGGUCUAGAGCCCAAUGCUGUCACACACAAUGUGAUCAUUGAAGGCUUGUGUUUUGCUCGUAAAAUAGAGGAUGCCGAAAAUUUCUUCGAGAGUCUGGAAGACAAAUGCCCAGAUAAUUAUGCCAGUUUGGUGAAAGGUUAUUGUGAUUCUGGCCUUUCUAAACAGGCCUUUAGACUAUUCAUUGAUCAAAAUUUCCCUCUGCGCAAGAGUGUGUACUUCAAGCUAUUCACAAGUCUCUGCAUCGAGGGUUGUCUCGACAAAGCUCUUGUCGUACUUAAAAGAAUGUGGGCUUAUGGAGUUGAACCUGGGAGGUGGAUGUAUGGUAAAAUGAUUGGGAAGUUUUGUGAGUUAAAUAAUGCGAGGGAAGCCCAGCUGGUAUUUGACACAAUGGUCAGUAGAGGACUCAUCCCUGAUCUGUUUACUUAUACAAUCAUGAUUCACACAUACUGUAGGCUAAAUGAGUUGCAGAAAGCUGAGUUUCUUUUCGAGGACAUGAAGCAGAGAGGAAUAAAACCUGAUGUGGUAAUAUACACAGUGUUGCUUGAUAGUCAUCAGAAGUUGGAUCCAGACCAUCAUGAAACAGGUUAUGUUAGAGGAGAAGUGCAAAAACGGAAAGCUUCAGAAAUUUGGAGAGAAUUAGAAGCUGCUGGUAUUGAGCCAGACGUUGUAUGCUAUACUGUUUUGAUAGAUCGCCAGUGCAAGAUUCAGAACCUAAAAAACGCCACAAGACUUUUUGAUCAAAUGAUAGACAGUGGGCUCAAGCCUGAUAUGGUGACUUGCACGGCUCUAAUAUCUAGUUAUUGUCGCAAAGGAUACAUGGAUAAGGCAGUAAGACUUGUUACCCAAUUGUCAAGAAAGGAUAUUUCGUCGGCUGAACUUUUAAUGCUUGCUGUUAGGCGUGGUACUUGGAAGGCCAAGAGAUUUCAAUUGCGGGAAAUAAAGGGUUAGAAUGAGCGCAUUUUUGGAAGGUCAAGUGUGAUUUUGGUGAUCUGCACUAAAUAUCUUUCGAGAGAUUUCCUCUAAGUCACUGAUAUGACUAUCAAAAUCGUGAGCAUCAGCAUGUAGCUUCCAGAUCCAAGUGGUAGUAUCAGGUCUCUUAGCUACUGUUCUUGAGAAUGACCUGGUUUAGCGUAUUCAUCGAAAAAAGUUUUCAUGGGAUCCCUAUCUGGCAAAGUUUUGACUGAGAAUAUUGUAGAUGGUGUGUAUCACUUUUGGAGGCAAAAAGUAGAAUUCAGCACAUUGAGAAGAAACUUUGGAUCUGCAUCUGCAUGAAUGGAGGAUUUUUGAAGGGUGUUUAGGUAAAUGCGCUUCUUCUUUCCUGACUUUCUUCUCUCAACGGUCAUGAUGUCGCAGUGGAUGCAGUUCGUGGACAAUGAUAAGGAUCGAGUCAACCAUGCUUAUUCUGAGUGGUUUAGCGAAAGGAUAAUGUGGAAGAUCAGUUUAUGCUUGUGAGAUGAGGGAAGUGCAAAAAAAAGUUGAAUCGUUCAGAGAUGAAUCAAAUAGACUUGACUUGCAGAAAAAAAAAAAAACAGGGAAAACGAAAUACACUGGGAAAGCCAAAAAACUUGAUGACAAAGUAGCCAAACCCAAGCCACACAGUAGCUAUAUAUUUACUGUGGAGACUCCAAAGGAACAUGUCAAGCUUCUAAUACAUGGAGAUCUGCGGUUGGAAUAAUCAUGUUGUAUUUUUUUGUGUUUCUCAGCUCAGCUUACAAAACUUUGAAAGUAUGAAACAGAUAGCUGUGGAGAAACUCUUACCAUCAAGGAUUCAUUGCAAUUCUCUUUCCAUGACUCAGAAGAUCGAUA